AUGGCAGCUCUAACGGCGACACCUAUGGUUAUUCUUGAAGAGGCAAAGAAACAGUUCCAAGGAGAUGGUAAACUCAAUGUGCAACUUCUCGAUCAGGUUGUGACGAUGAUGAACAGAGCUACCGGUGAAGAACAAAAAUUGGCAAAUAUGAUCCUAGUAGAAUUGAAGGAAAAUCCGAAUUCAUGGACCAAGGUGGACGCUAUCUUGGAGUACUCGGACCUCGCGGAGUCGAAAUAUUUUGCGCUGCAGAUUCUCGAAUCCGUUAUUCAAACCAAAUGGAAGUCAUUGCCGCUUGUACAGCGAGAUGGUAUAAAAGGUUUCAUAGUGCAGUUCAUUCUAAAACUUAGUGAGUCUCGCAUUGAGUCUGAGAAGAAUUCACUCUUGCUACACAAGCUCAAUCUCGUUCUGGUUCAGAUUGUGAAACAAGACUGGCCGAAGCACUGGCCUUCUUUCAUCACGGACAUCGUUGAAUCAUCGAAGACGAACGAUAACAUUUGUGUGAAUAACAUGAACAUCCUGAGUCUCUUAAGUGAAGAAGUGUUCGAUUUCGGAAGUCAAAAUCUCACUCAAGCCAAAGAACAGCAUUUGAAACAACAGUUUUGUGGACAGUUUCAGGAAGUUUUCACGUUGUGUAUCACUAUUCUUGAGAAAUGUCCGGCCAAUUCUAUUGUCGAAGCGACUUUGAAAACCUUACAUCGGUUCCUAUCUUGGAUUCCUGUUGGCUAUGUGUUUGAAACAGACAUCACUCAGCUUUUGAGUGAAAAUUUCCUCUCCUUGGAAGUUUAUCGAGUGGUAACACUUCAAUGCCUCACGGAAAUUUCAAUGAUACAAAUCGAAGCUGAAGACAAUGCGUAUAAGGAGAAACUGUGCGCAAUGUUUUGUGCCACCAUAAAAGAGAUCGGCAGCUUAUUAGGGGAAGGCGCAGAUCUUGCCGCCGCAUACCAAAAGGGAUCAGAUCAAGAUCAGAAGUUUAUCUCCUGCUUGGCACAGUUUCUUGUGGCUUUUCUCAAAGAUCAUUCUGCGCUAGUUGAGAACUACAAUAGUGCAUGUCCUCAAGUCACCGAAUAUCACAAAUACGCAAUAGAGCUACUUCUGUCAAUAAGCCAAGUGGAAGACGUUGAAAUUUUCAAGGUGUGUCUUGAUUACUGGUGCGCUUUGACAUCUGAACUUUACCGCUUGAAUCCGUUCGCACCACCAUCUCCACCCAUUGCUAUAUCAUUCAGCUGUGGAGGCGCUGCUGGUGGCAAAGAACACCCAAGGAGAAAAUUGUACAAGGAGCAUUUGUCAAACUUGCGUACUAUUAUGAUUUCUCGAAUGGCGAAACCGGAGGGAGGUGUUGUGCGUGAAAUAGUCAAGGAUACUGAUUCUAUUACACUGUACAAGAACAUGCGUGAAUGUCUAGUCUACCUCACGCAUUUGGACUGUAAGGAUACAGAGCAGAAAAUGACGGACAAGCUUGCUAGCCAGGUAAUCAACAAGCUGUUCGAGUUCAUGCAUGAAACCCAUGAAGGAGUUCAAGAUAUGGCAUGCGACACCUUCAUCAAGAUCGCGAUGAAAUGCAAACGUCAUUUUGUAAUUAUGCAAGUCGGCGAACAAACUCCGUUUAUUGAUGAAAUGUUGAAGAAUCUGAGUGGAAUAAUUUGCGAUCUUGCUCCUUCACAGGUCCAUGUUUUCUACGAAGCGGUCGGACACAUAAUCUCCUCGGCAAGCGAUGAACCUGAUCAACAAGCUGAUUUGAUAGAAAAGUUGAUGGCAUUGCCAAACUCGGUUUGGGAUGAAAUAAUUGCAAAUGCUGGCGAGAACAUGGCUGUGCUCGAAGAUGCGGAGGUGUCAAGAAAUCUUUUGAACAUCCUGAAAACUAAUGUCGCAUGUUGUAAAGCUGCUGGCAAUCCAUUCAUCACACAACUGAGUCGGUUGUACAUUGACUUGCUCUCGCUUUAUCGUAUUUUAUCCGAAAAAGUAUCGACAGCUGUUGAGCAGAAUGGACAGGAAGUAUUGAAGAUGCCUCUGCUCAAGACGAUGCGUGCGGUGAAACGUGAGAUUUUAAUUCUGAUUUCAACAUGGGUGGCCAGUGCGAAGGACAGACAGAUGGUUCUUGAAAACAUCGUUCCCCCUCUUUUCGAUGCCGUGCUCUUUGACUACCAGAAAAACGUUCCAGCAGCUAGGGAACCGAAAGUACUCUCGCUUCUCAGCAUCAUCGUCACAAAACUCGGGUCGAUGUUGGCUUCACAAGUGCCUCAAAUCCUUGCGGCUGUGUUUGAGUGCACUUUGGAAAUGAUAAACAAGGACAUGGAAGCUUUCCCAGAGCACCGUACAAAUUUCUUCCAACUGAUUCAUGCUUUGACUGUAGAAUGCUUCCAAAUUUUCCUCGCUUUACCGCCAGAGCAACUCAGCUACAUCAUCGAUGCGGUUGUGUGGGCGUUCCAGCACUCGAUGCGUAACGUGGCUGAGAUUGGUCUGGACAUUCUAAAAGAUAUGCUAGAUCGUGUAGAAUUUCUACCUCGUGAACAAUCGCAGCCCUUCUACAAACGGUUUUACAUGCAAAUUUUGCAGCAUGUUUUGGCCGUUGUGGCUGACAGCAGCCAAGUCCAUGUUGCAGGUCUGACUUACUACGCUGAGGUGUUGUGCAGACUGUUCAAGGCUUGUGAAUUCUUGAUCACGGUGCCCUUGAAUGAUGAUAACCCUAAGCAGAGCAAUGUCGACUAUAUCUACGAGUACAUCGCCAAUAUUUUCGUGCAGCAUUUUACUAAUCUUACCGAGGGUCAAAUCCGAGUUAUCAUCAAGGGAUUCUUCAGUUUCAAUACAGAUCAAGGUGGUAUGCGAAACCACCUUCGUGAUUUCCUUGUGCAAAUUAAGGAGUUCAACGGAGAAGAUACCUCUGACUUGUUCCUCGAAGAAAGAGAGGCUGAGAUUCAAGCGGUACAAGCGAAGAAGAACGCCGUGCCAGGAAUGCUGGACCCAAAUGCUAUGGUUGACGAAGACGAGAUGCGCUAA